AUGGCUGGAAACGCCAUCACUCUGAGCGGCGGAGGGCGCGGCCCGUCAGUCGCAACUAUAGCCUCGCUCGCCGCCGCAGCGACAGCUGUCAGCCUCUCAUUGGUCGGACUGCGCUGGCUUCGUCAAUGGGCCAAGCGCGCACACACAUGCGCGCCGCCCAGCAAUGGGCGGCGGCGCUUGUCGUGGCGCAGCGUGUUUACCGGCGAGAAGCACGGCGUCCCAACCCACUGUCGCUCUUCGCCUCCCCUUCUUCCAAUCCACAUCCUUCCCUGUCUCCUACCCUUUCAAGUCCCUUAUUCGAAAGUUUUUCCUUCCCCCUGCCGCCCCUCUCCUUCCCCCUUCCGCCACGCGCCUUCCUCCUCCGCCACGCCCCGACCCCGUUCCGUUCCGCCAUUCCCCCUUUUCCCGUCCGCCGCUCCGCUCCCCCCUCCGCCAGUGCGCCAGCUGGGUCUGCCCACGGACCUGGCGGCGGCGGCGCUACUGGCGCAGGCGGCGGAAGACUACGUGCGGGGCGAUAAGAGCCGCGCCAACCUUCUCCCUUUUUCGCCCUCCCCUUCCCCAUUCCGCCACACAUGCAUCUCUACCAUCCCCGUGCGCCCAUCCGUUUGCGCCCAUCCCCGUGCGCCCAUCCCCCGUGCGCCCAUCCCCCUGCAGGUAUUCCGCGGCCCAAGCAGCAAGCUGCACUUUAGGGACAUCGUCAACGCCGUCAUUCGGCAGCGGCGGUUCAACGAGGCCAUAGAGCGUCUGCGCCCGCAGCAGCGCUUCUCCCAGCUGCUGCACAAGAUGCAGAUCCUCGGCUGUGGCCCCCGCCCUGGGGGAGCGGGGGGAGCGGGGGGAGCGGGGGAGCGGGGGAGCGGGGGAGCGGGGGAGCGGGGGGAGCGGGGAGAGCGGGGGGAGCGGGGAGAGCGGGGGGAGGGGGGGGAGGUGGGGAACAGCGGGAGUGGAGGGGGCGGGAGGAGCAGUGGGAGCGGAAGGAGCGGGGAAAGUGGGGCAAGCAGGAGAGAGCAAAGGGGGGCCGGGCAAGGGGAAGCGAGGCAAGGGGGAUUGGUGGCUCCUACUCCCCCCCUCACUCUAUCUUCCAAUUCCCCACUUCCUCCCCUUCCAACUCCCCAUCUCACUCCCCCUCUCACUCGCCCUCUCACUCCCCGUCUCGCGCGCUCGCUCGCCCUUCCACCCGCGCGCGUCGAGUGUGGAGGUCCCGAGGGAGGGGGAGGUGAUGGUGCCGGCAGCAGCAGCAGUGCGCCCCCCCGUGCUGCUGCUGAUUGGGGGAGGCGCAGGUGCUGGCAAGUCAACGUGGUCAAGGAGAUCAUGAAACGCCCCUUUUGGGCGCGCAUGGCGCCACACGCAGUGGUGGUUGAUUCCGAUGCCUUCAAGGAGAGAAAUGCAAUCUUCCGAGCUCUCUCAGCUGACAGGCUGUGUGACGCUACCCAGAUCUCACAGCUGGUCCACGAGGAGUCAACCCGGGCAGCACAGUCAACGCUGGUAACCGCGCUGAACGAGGGGCGCGACGUGAUAUUCGACGGGACCAUGUCGUGGGCCCCGUUUGUGCAGCAGACGAUCGCGAUGGCGAGGCGGGUGCACGAGAGGCGGUUUCGGAUGGGGCCGGGGUACCAGGUGAAGGAGGAUGGGAGUGUGGUGGAGCGGUAUUGGGAGGAGGAGGAGGAGGAGGAGGAGGAGGAGGGGAGUGAGGGAGAGCUGGGCCUCCCCACGGACCUGGCGGCGGUGGCGCUACUGGCGCAGGCGGCGGACGACUACGUGCGGGGCGAUAAGAGCGCGUCCGAUAAGAGCCGCGCCAACCUGCUCGCGCUCAUCGCGCAGACAGGGGGAGGGCGCGCGGAAGGGGAGGCGGAGGCGGGGGCGGGGGCGGGGGAGGAGCUGGGGGAGGAGCUGAUCGCGGAGUUGGACGCGUGCAUGCUGUCUUACUUUGGCUUCCACUGGCCGCACUCCGCGCUCAUGAUCGAACAG